AUGGUGCCAGGGCCCCUGGUUUACCGUGCGGUAAUCCAUGCCCGCGCGGAUGCAGAGUAUGAAGCGGAACAGCCUCUAUUUCCAGAUGUUCCUGAAUCAAAACGUGGAUCUGUGUCUUUGGGAGCAGAAAUAUUGCAGCCAUUCUCUAUGGAGCAAUUUUAUUCAGCCCCUGCAGCUGAUACCAUAGCUGAGGCAGCCGCCUUUCCAGAGCCACCUGAUCCAAAAACAUGUUCUCCUCAAGACUACUUAGAGUAUUACAUAUUUCCAGUACUCUUACCUGGAUUGGCUGAACUCCUCCAUCAAGCAGAGAAGGAAAAGUGUUUUGAGAGAAAAAGGACCAAAUUUAUUGCCUGUGAUUUCCUAACUGAGUGGUUAUACAACAAGAACCCAAAGAGGAAAGAUGAGUCAUUCACAGAAUUCUUUUCCAUUCCUUUUGUUAACGACUGGCUAAAGGACCAUCCUAGGCCACCAAUUCCUCUCUCUCUCCUUCUAUCAGAAGAAGAAGCAAGCAUAGUAAUUCAGUCCUUCUGGAGAGGUUAUCGGGUCCGCUGUGAUAGCGAAAUACAAGAGCUACGUCAGUGGCAAAAGCAGUUGAGAGAGGAAAAAAACAUUUUUAAGAGAGUGAAAGAAUUCUGGACUAAGCAGGAAGCCAAAGUUAAACCACCGAGCUCUUCGCAUCAAGCAGACAAAGCAUUUAUUGUCGCUAAAAACUCAGAUGACACAAAUAAAGCAUUAAGAUUCAUGAUCAAAAGAAAAGGAGGAAAACCAUUUUAA